AUGGAUAAGCAAACACCAACAACACAGCAACAGCAUCACAAUACAUCUGAUGUUGACGAUUCGCCGCCACCAGCUUACGAAGAAGCACCUGCUUUUAACCCAAAUUAUCCAGCGCAGAGCUCGUCUAUCGCAUACCCAUCGCCACACUUCAAUUCACAUUACAAUUUGUAUCCGCAGGCACCUCCGUCUGGCCCGGUUUCCCAUGUACAGUAUCAGCGACAUAACUAUCAUCCACAACAGCAGCAAUACCAUACCUAUCAAGCCAUUGAAAUACCCUAUCCUGUUGGUUAUAGCAAUCAGCAAGCACUACUAAGGCUUAGAGAGGAAAACCGUAGGUUUCCACUCGCAGCAUUACUAUUUCUGUUUGGAUGGUUCUGUCCACCCUUAUGGAUAAUUGGUGCCUGUUGUUGUGCUGGAAGUAACAAUUCCUAUGAAGCUUUCUGGGGAAAAGUCAAUUUUACUAUGGCGAUGAUACUUAUUAUAUCCUCUAUUGUUUAUUCAGCGUUUGCCAUGUCAGAGUAUAAUAUAAUAGGAUAA